AAAAUUUCAUAUUGUGAUUUUAUUAAAUUUGAGAUAUAUAUAUUGAUUUUGUGUGUUUCUCCCCCGUGGUACACUCGGUAGACCUUUCCAAUAUGGCGGACGCGUUAGCGUAUAGCUGCAUGCUAGCUCCGUGUUGUAUCCAAUCCCAGUGGAGGAGCCGGAAACCCGCCGGAAUACGGGUGUGGGGAAGAAUUAAGGCAGGGACUGGGAGAAUCGGUGGGAGUUCGCGGUGUAAUGGCGGCCUCGGUGUUGCUCUCUGCGGAAAGCACCGUGCCCGGAUUCGCUAUCGUCGGCAGCGUCGGUGCGCCAGGAACCACCGGGAACGGAUUAACGGUGCCUGGACCAGCGAGUUGGAACCGGUCUCUGGACCGGGCGUUCGAGGAAGCAGCGGCCACCGGCUGCCUCAACCUGAGCGGCAGGAAGCUGAAGGAGUUUCCGAGAAGCGCCGCUAACCACGACCUGACCGACACGACCAGGGCCGAUUUGUCACGUAACAGACUGUCUGAGCUGCCGGUGGAAGUGUGUAUGUUUGUGUCCUUGGAGAAUCUGAACCUGUACCAGAACUGCCUUCGCUCUCUACCUGAGAGUCUGAUCAACCUGCAGGCCCUCACCUACCUGAACAUUAGUCGCAACCAGGUGCCCACUCUACCUGCUCACCUGUGCAGUCUGCCGCUUAAAGUUCUCAUCGCCUGCAACAACAAGCUUGUGUCGCUACCUGAGGAGAUCGGCCUGCUCCGACAGCUCACUGAGCUGGAUGUGAGCUGUAACGAGAUUCACACGUUACCUGCACAGGUCGGCCAGCUCGAAUCUCUACGAGACCUGAACAUCCGUCGAAACCACCUGGUUCGCCUGCCACCUGAACUGGCAACACUUCCUCUGGUGCGCUUGGAUUUCUCCUGUAACAAGGUGACGUCCAUCCCGGUGUGUUACCGCAACCUCCGACACCUGCAGAGCAUCGUGCUGGACAACAACCCCCUCCAGAGCCCCCCCGCACAGAUCUGCAUCAAGGGCAAAAUCCACAUAUUUAAGUAUUUGAACACACAGGCGUGUAAAAUAGCUCCAGAUCUCUCGGAUUAUGACAGAAGGCCGUUGGGUUUCGGCUCCUGUGUGGAGGAGCUUUAUACUGGCCGGCCGUACGGAGCUCUGGACUCUGGGUUUAACAGCGUGGACAGUGGAGACAAGCGCUGGUCAGGCAACGAGCCCUCGGACGAGCUGUCGGACCUGCCUUUAAGAGUGGCGGAGUUAACCAGAGAGCAGAGACAGCGGCGAGAACGAGAGCGAGACGAGCACAAGACAGGAUCCCUGCUGGCUAACGGGAUACUGGAGACGGAGCUCGAUCAGAUCGACUUUAUUGACAGCUGCACAGGGGAGGAGGAAGAGGAGGAUGGGCGGAGCCAAGGACGGGACCCAAUCAGCCUUAGCACUCAGUUUAUGGCCUACAUAGAGAGACGAAUCACCCAAGAGGGCUCACCUGUGAAAGCGGGUUCCUCCAGAGAUGCGAGAAUCUCUUUACACAAUCGAAGUGUAGAUACAGGUGGCACAUCUCUGUCUCAUGGCCAGAGGGCGGGAUCAGGCGGCGGUGUGGAGCGCAUGCGCCGGGAGGCUCAACUCGCCGCUCAGAGGUACGAAGAGGAGAGGCACAGAGCGCGAGGCGUACAGAGGGAACCCCUAAGGAGUUACGUCAAGCAGAAGUCUGCUCAGAGUCCGCCUAAACUCAGUCCGACAGACAGCGAGAAUCUGUACCCUUCCAGACGUUCUACUCAUACAGACGACUCCGCCCUCUUUAUGCAGGGGGAGGACGAGCCUCGCUGUCCUCCACUCUCCUCCAGUCCCCCUCUUACCCCGGCCACGCUGCCCCGCCCCCCUCCCGAGGAUCCGCCUCCCGACCCGAGAGCUUCCUGUACCGCCUGAGCCAGAGGGAGGAGAAGAAACGAGACUCGAGAGGUGGGAAGGCGGAGCCAAAUGACACGACUCCUACACCAUCACCAGCUCCAGGGCUCACAGGAGAAGAAGCUCAACUGGUGGAACAGCUCAGAAAGAACAUCGAGUCUCGGCUGAAAGUAUCUUUGCCUAGCGA